AGACUAAUAUAUAAUACUGGAGAAGUUUAUUGCUGAAAAAGUGAAUUCAAUUAUAAUGUUAUAAAGCUAAUGGAAACAGGAAUGGCCUUUAGUGAAGUUUGUAGAAUUUGCUUAUGCGUUAAUGUACGCAUGCUUGUACUUAAGAAGACUAGUCUCCGAAAUUUGUACAAAACAUUGACGAACAGUUUUAUGGAUGAGGAUGAGGAGCCCAUAAUUGUCUGUUUCACCUGUCAUGCAAGACUCAUUCGUUGCUUAACAUUGCAACAACAGGCUAUUGAGUCAGAUGCAAUUCUGAAGCAGUUGCUUGCAGGAGGGUCCAUGGUAUUAUCCGUUCCAUCCAUUAAAACCUAUAAAAGUCCCUCAUAGAUUGCCUCAUAUACGAGGGGUUUUGCCUAAUUUGCCAGUGCCUUCUAUGCUGCUUCCCAUUGCCAUAUGGGAGAAUGUUUUUUCUACUGCAAAGUUAAGUUUAUCCUUCAAUCCAACUUACUUUUUCGUUAGAGCAAUGUUCUAUAUUUUAUGAAUUACAGUAAGUUAAGUACUUAUUUUUACAAAAAUAAUUAGCUAACCGUUUAUGCUGUUAUAUAUUACUCUAUUGUAUAUAAACGAAAUAUUAUUUAUAUGUAAUAUUACUCAGUAAACAAAGAUAGAUCAUUGUCAAUUUACGGCAUUCAUGAAUCUGAUUGGAUAAAUUGUUGAGACUCUAUACUCGGGAUGGAUGAACUAUAUACAUUCUUAUGUAAGGUCAUUCGGAACCCUCACUUUGUCCGGUUUUUAUUACUAUUUGUAGUUGUUGUCAGGAAGAUGCUGCUGCCCAUCUCGUUUCAGUUUCCCUCUGUCCCAUUUUACGACAUCUGCAGGAUGGUAUGGUAGUAUGGAUUCUCCUACGGCACCACUACACUGGCUAUUUCUCUUAUUUAACAAAAGAAUUUGGUUUCAGUCAAUACCAAAUCAUCAUGAGGCUAGAGAUAAGAUUCAAUUCACACCAAUUAGUCAUAUAGAUAUCAGGCCAGUAGAGUGUUAUGUAGAAAAUAAUUGUAAGGAUGAUAUGUUUAGCCUUGAAUCUGUUAAAGUUGAAGAAGAGAAUUUCGAAAUUGAGAAUUCCACAUUUGAAGAAAAUUGGAAUCAUGAAAUAGGUAAGAUAUACACAUUUUGUAAUAAUAAUAAAAUAAGCUACAAGUUACCUAAUGUCAAGUGGUUACUGUAGUCCAUGGACACAAAAUAAUAUUAUAGUGGCAUAUUGGUGCGGAUUAAGCCGUGUGUUCCAGACGGGUACCAAUUUACUCGACAAGGCGCUUUUAACACAAACGUUACGCAUUCUUAAUAGAAUGGCUAAAGACAUUGACCUAUUCUGUUGCACCUUGAGUGAAUACACUGGGGUAGGAUUGUUUACAAUUUUUUACAGUUAAUGACCUCAUUUUUGUUAUGCAUGAGAAGAACUACACUGUCGCAUUAGGUUAUUCAUGUCAUGAUAGUUGUUAGUUUAAAUAAAUAAAUAAUUGUAAAUGUAAAAUAAUGAGCUUUAGACUUUUUUUUUUACUUAUGCAUUAAUAUAUUUUUAAAAUAUUUUGACCCUGUAUAAAUCAAUAACUUGGUCGACGAACUACUGUACUGAGUAGACGUGUGUUGAUUUUGGUGAAAAAUAUCUAAUUAGUGCUCCUCAAAUCUAUGUCGUAUAUUCAAACCGAAUGGACCUUUAAUUGUGUGGAAAGUGAUUUAUGACAAAAACCCCUUUUAAAGUGAAGACAAUACUGUCUAAAGCAUCGAUAACUGUACCAGCGAGCGGGGCGAUGUACUUCACCUCCGCGGAACCAGCACAGUGGCUAUUUUUUAACUCGCUCGCACACUGACCCGGUGUUCUAAGCAUACAGUACUGCACGUGAGUUGUGUAUUUAUUAUCUUACGCUGUAAACAAGCCAUUCUUGAAGUUGUCUGUAUCAUUGUACACUAAAUUAUAUAUUUUUUUUUGCAACUGCUACAAUGAAUAUAAUUCGAUCUCCACCUACUACCACCGGCGGCUCGCAACCUGACUUGUCAAAAAUGCCGGCAGAUAAUAUUUCUGAUACACAAAUUACUUUUAGAAAACGUAAACAAUCGUGAAUGCCAGUGCUCGGAUGAGAUUAAGUUGGUGCAAAAUGAGUUAUAACGAAUCACUUCCUUAUUAGAAAACUACAUUGGGUCAAAUACACAAAUAAUGAGUCAAAUGAACCAGAGUAUCGUUGAAGUUAAGAGUGAAUUCACCGAUCUACGGGCCUCGCAUGAACAAACGAGAAACUUGAUUAGCUCUAAUGUAGCAGAAAUUAGUAUACAAAUCCAAGACAUUAAGACUGCCACGUCCAAAAUUUCUUUAGAAAACAGCCAUCGCAGUUGCAGUUAAAAGUAUCAAACGGUGAGGACAAAAUAAAGCUACUUGAAAACGACUUUAAACAAUUAUGUUUAAGCUCGCCAGCCACUCAAACUAAUCAGCUGUUUGUAAAUGAGCAAAUUAUUCGCGAAGUCCAAGAGCGCAAAAAGAGAGAAAAUAAUAUAAUUAUUGUUGGCAUACCAGAACAAAAUUCCACCAGCACCGAAGAGCGAAUCCUCAAAGACGAGGUUGAGGUUCUAAAUAUUAUUUCAAUGAUAGAGAAAGAAAUUCCGAAACCAAAUAAGGUUUUCCGCAUUGGCAAGUAUAAUCCGGGAAAACAACGAAAGGUUAAAGUCUGCUUUGACAAACCACAGACAGCCAAGGUGCUCCUUCGCAACAAAGAGAAAUUACCUGAUAGUAUAAAAAUUUUCUCUGAUCAAACACCGGCUCAACAAAAAUACUUCCUGAAUAUAAAAGAUGAACUUUCACGACUCCCAGAAAAUGGAGAAAGUGAUCUCACGAUAAAAUAUGUCAACGGCAUACCAAGUGUUAUAAAAUCGGUUUCAAAAAACUUCAAUCACCAAUGAUAAAUAACACAUUACCCGAUAUCAUAAAUUAUCAAAUAGUUAACGACUACCAACUUAUCCACACUGUAAAAUCACGUUUAUCAUUUCUUUACUUAAAUGCUCGUAGUAUUAGGAAGAAAGGCAAACUCGAUGAACUUAAAUGCAUUAUACAAUCAAUAUCAACAACUGUACACAUUAUUUUGCUCACAGAAACUUGGAUACAGACCGAAAAUCAAACUUUACAACAACAAAUCCCUAACUACACACUUUAAUUACAGGACGGAUAUAAGAGAAGGUGGAGUAUCAGCAUAUAUACAUAAUAGCUUAAAACAUAACCUUAUCAAAUCAACUCACCAAUACGGAAAUAACUACUUAUGGAUAGAAAUUGAAAAAUUUGGCGUGGUCUAUAAUCUCGUCAAUUUUCAAAAAUUUUUAAGUAUACGACAAGCAAUUACAGCAUCACAAGAGAGCAAUAGUUUUCGGAGAUUUUAACAUUGACCUGUUGACAAAAAACAAGAAAUUAAAACAGUACAAACAAGUAGUCAAUGAAUCAGGAUACAGAUCACUCAACAAAAUCAACCAAACAUAUUGUUACAAGAGAUUCCACCACAAAGAAAUCGAUCAUAGACCAUGUUAGCACUAACCUAAGAGGUGACCAUUUCAAUAAUGCUAUGAUCAACUCACCUAUGACAUACAGACACACUAAAAUAUUAAAUCCACCUCAAGAAGACUGGAUUAAUAACAACAUACUUACUGGCAUUAGUCAAAGAAACUAUCUGUGGGU